AUCCAACACAACAAAUCACUACCAUGGGCGCGUUUAUGACUAAAAUGAAGUCCGUGCUAGAUUCAUUCUCAAACAAGCGGCGCCGCAUCAUCAUGCUGGGCUUGGACGCUGCAGGGAAGACCACCAUCUUGUACAAGCUCAAGCUCAACGAAACGCUGCACACACUGCCCACGAUUGGGUUCAACGUCGAAACGUUCCAGUACAAGGCCAUCGAGUUCACGGCAUGGGACAUUGGCGGGCAAGACAAGUUGCGGCCGCUCUGGAAGUACUACUACCAGAACACGGACGCGGUGAUCUUUGUCGUGGACUCGAACGACAAGCAUCGCAUCCAACACGCAACAGACGAACUGCAUCGCAUGUUUGGGGAAGACGAACUCCGAGACUCGAAAUUGCUCGUGUAUGCCAACAAGCAAGACUUGCCCAACGCCAUGUCUGCACCCGACAUCGGAGCCAAAAUGGACUUGCGAUCUGUGACCAAGAACCCAUGGUACAUCCAGUCGUGUUCAGCGAUCACCAACGACGGGCUCUUUGAGGGGCUGGAGUGGCUAAGCAAAGCACUCGAGUAGAUGUGCACCCUGACUGCACUUGAGACACUAUAUAAUUGAUUAAACACAAUACUACAUAGUUUAUAC